AUGAUGUCUACUACAGAAGGAGAACUGGAUGUAGAGGUGUCCCAUGAACUUGAAGAUGGCGAGUUAGAGGAUUCUGACGUAGAAGAGGGUACAUACAUCCCUUUGGCACGACCUGAAGCCUUCAACCCGCCAUCUUUGGUGAACAUGCAGAUUCAAGAUGAACAAAGUGAUGAGGAAUCUGUCCAGGAGUCAACAGGCUCAGAGUCUGAUGAAGAGCCCCGUAGACGCCCAAAACGCACAAAGCUACGGCCGCGGCGCCCACAGCCACAACCUCAAUCAGUCAAAAAAGAUAAAUACAAUAUUUGGUGCAAAGCAUUACAGGAGGAUCUGCUAACAGAAGAUAUGGUUACUUGUGAUGUAUCAAAGAAAAGCAGAUAUGGCGUUGAAUCUUAUGAUUAUACUAUUAAGUAUAGAUUAGAUGAUGAAUAUAUUUCUAAGAAAGUAUUUACAAACAGUCAUGGAUUUAAAAAUAGAGACCAGGCUUCUAAUAAAAGAAGUUUUUCAGACAGAGGUAAUUUAAAAUUAAGGCUCGGUAAAAGAGUGAACAGUGAACAGCCUUUAGAAGAAAAACAGAAUCCAAGGAUCUUGCCCGAUCUAUUAAUUACACCAGAUCAUCCAAUGGAACAACUAGUUCAAGAAAUAACUGAAAAAUUAUCUGAAGAAAAAAAAGAUUUAGUUGGUAGGAUUAUACAAGUAAUUGGUGCAAGUAAAGCUAUAGAAAUUUAUAAAGAAACACAGAGAAUUGAAGCAGAUGGUGGAAUGCUUGUUAUGAAUGGUACUCGUAGACGCACACCUGGUGGUAUUUACUUCUUUUUACUAAAGAGAGAUGAUGAAAUCUCCCAAACAAUGAUAAACCAGAUUUUUAAUGAAGAUCGAAAGGAAACGGCGCGCAGAAUAAAGAAAACACGUGCCAAGAGCCGUCAAAAAGUAAUGGAACAAUUAAAACAAAGCCUCACAGAUUCAGAACUACCGUCAUUGCUUUCUCGGGGUGAAGCAACCGUGCAAUCAGAACAUGGCUCAAACCCUCCACCCUCUCCAGCAACAGAUGCUCGCGAUUGCUCAAGCGAUACAGACGGACACUCACACACUGAACAGCCUCCAUCUCCCUCUCGCCCCCUUUCCCCUCUCCCGGACCGAACAUCUAGAGCUGUACAAGAGUAUGAUGACGAUGAUUUCUUAGAAGUUAUGUGCAACGAACAGAUGGACUUAUUU